CUCAGAUUGAGCCUUUAUGACCUUUAAUGUAUUUUAUUUACCAUGUUCGUUAUUUUGAUAUCUCAUCGAUAUUUUCCGAAUGAAUUUCGGUCGUUCUAUUUGCAUAACGGUGCAUCCAUCACACUACGCUGAUCAGUACAGCAGUAGAUUGAAUUAUCUCACAUAAGAGAUGUCCUUCCAAUACUUAUUCAACCAUAGCCCUUCCAAAUGAAAAUAUAGAACAUUUCAAAAUGUUUAAUUUAACUUAAGUAAAGUAUAAUUGCUUGCUAGAAAAAUUCCAUCGACCUGCAAAUGCCACAUCAUAUUGAUUGCAUCAUCAAUUCCGAAAGCGGAAGUAUGAGCAAGGCUCGCGGAAAUAAGAUUAUGUCUUGCUCAAAUUUCGCUGGUAAAGGGGGAAUGUAUAAGUAGGGAAUCAUCGAAAAAAAAUAAGAAUUAGAGAACUAUAUUAUUAUAUUGUAAGGGGAAUCUGGUAGCAUAUUUGCUUUAAAAUUUUUGGCAGUCAUAAUCAUCAGACCAUGGCAACACACGAUUCUUACUUUCAAAGAGAUUGUCCAGAAGAUGAAGGUGUAGCUGAUGACUGGAGUGCAGAUGAGUUUGAUGAGUCAGAUGAUGAAAUUUAUGAUUGUCCAGAAGAUGCAAAACCAAGUCAAGGCGAAAGGCCAUCAAGCGGCGGAGGAACCGAGUCCGACGAGAUUUAUGAUUUGCCCGAUGAUGCAAAAGUGAUCCUUGGUUCACAAAGUGACCCUGAUCACCAUUCUACGCUUCCAGACAGUGAUCAAAGCCCUUCUACAUCCGGGAAUAUUGAUAUUGCAAACCUCAAACGGAGAUUCGAAACAGCUGGCUCUGGAAACAGCCAGUCAAUGAACGGCUUCUCUUCAAAUUCAAAGGCUGCUUUUGAAACAUACGACCGGCCGAAAAACCGGCCCGUCGCAAGCAAGCCCCGACCAAGUGUGGACCCAAAACCCAAGGUGAUACCGCCUAAGCCUUUACAACCAAGGCCUAAUGCAGCAGAAAGGAGCAAUGACCCACAAGCCGCCACAGGGUCGAACUCGAUAAGCCGUAGAUGGCCGCCAUCGCGAGAAGACCAGGAAAACAGCAAUAUUGUUAGUACAUACGACAUGGUACCAGUACAUAACGAGAAACAACGAGCAAUAGCCACGAAACUUUCAAAAUUUCUAAAGGGCAGCAAUACAAUGAACUUGAGCGAAAGCAUGGCCGGUAACAAUAACAGUUUGUCGCAAAAUAACCCUACAGUUGAACAGAGAUCAGUAAAUUCAAAUCCUGUUGCUGGCCCACCUAGAAUUGAUCGUUCCACCCGACCCAAUCUAAGAAAGCAGUCAACUGACUCUCCUGCUAGGCCGGAAAAGAAUGCUCUCCCGCCCAAUGCUCCAGUUCAGAAAAAUAAUCAGGUAAAGUUUGAACCUAAACCGGCAAGACAAAACAGCCUGACCCGACAAGUGUCGUGGCCAGAAGACGAAGAAGAAGACUAUAUUGAGCCUAUUGCUGAGGCAGAAGACCAAUAUGUUGUCCCAAUAGAAGGAGCUUCUCGGAACGAUGGCUUUUUGAAUUAUGAAGUCCCAGAUGACACGACUUUAAAAAAUGAAACGCAACAGGGCCAGAGCCACGAGCCAGUUCCAGACCCCCCGAGAAACAGGCAAGCAAUUCGUCAGAGCUACGCGGAUAUUAUAAUUUGCCCGCCUACAAAGUCCCAGGUGUGUGGAAAAUUUAAUGAUUUUGUGAACAGUGAAGCAACACGACGCAGUCCACCUAUGGGGCAAUGGGAAGGAAAUCCUCCAGAACCUGAUAUAAAUUAUGAAGUUCCGGACCAAAGCCAGACUCCUAAAAGACCAUCUAGACACGAGCCAUCUACACAUCAGUCGGGCAACAAUACCUAUCCUGGAUCGAAACAACGUGACUCGUUUAAGGCACAUGCGCCCCCAAGACCGAGUAAAGACACAAGACCCAAAGGGAGACAGCAAUUCACCCAACCUGCUACCAGUAAUGAAGAGGUAUCAGGUCUUCAGUCUGAUGAAAAUUAUGAGGUUGUUGAAGGUAGUGCCGCUUUUACAACCCAAAAUGGAGGAAUGACAAGAGCACCCUUCAAUAUAGAUAAACACCAAAAUAUGUCGGGAAAUCCAGUAUCAAAUAGGGGCGCUGUACCACCGCUCCCUCCCCCAGAAGAAUGUCAAGAAAAUUAUGAAGUUAUUGAUCAAAACAACAUACCAGUAAUGACAGAAGCAUAUGAAAUACCUAGCCUAGUUGAUCAGAACCCGUUAUCUGGACGAAGAUGUCCUCCAGAAGGCCAGGAGAACAGAAAAUUGUCUAAUUCUAACAAAAAGAAAGCUUUUUCUGAAGAGGAGAAGAUGCUGAAUCAAGUAUUGACUGGACUGACAAAUCCUCAAAGAAACAAGCCACCUGCAAGAGAGCCAAUGCACAAAGAUCCACCCCCAAGAGGUCCUCUACAAAGAGACCGUCCGCCAAAAGAUGAACCGCCACAAGAGCCACCACCGAGAGAAGCAAAGAGAGACUCUAUGAGUAACAGACGCCUGCCACCAAGACCUAUGCCAGGUGUACCAGACGAAAGCCCUGUUCUAGACUUGAAUGAACUACAAAACUCAGUAAAGCCACAAAAACCGUCACGACCGGGAAGGCCUCUGCCUGCAAACGAGCCUAAUAACAACACAUCCUUGGAAGUACAACCUUGGUUUCACGGCAACUUGGGAAGACAACAAGCAGAAUCAAAGCUAAGAUCGCUUUCUAAGGAUGGUUGUUUUGUCGUGCGUAACACGGAUAAAGUUGAUGGCUACACCAUAUCAAUUUGUUACCAAGGAGAAAUCAGACAUAUCCACAUUUUUCGAAAACAAAAUAAAUACCAUCUUGGUACUUCAGAUCAGAAAUUCGACAGCGUCAUUCAGCUGGUGAACCAUUUCAAGAUAAAUUCAAUUGAUCUCAAAAAGGGCGGCACUACAAAGCUCACAGUCACCGUUCCCUCAAGAUGAUCACUUACUGUUGUUGCAGAUGUUGCUCGCUUCAGUUCGUUUAGAUAUGGUCACCUUCAUUAGGUUUUAGAAGUGAACGGAUGAAAUAGUUACGUUGUUGGUCCAAGGCUACUGAUUUAUUUUCUCAAUUAACUUGGUGCAUGAACAUUGCCACGCGCUGUGCAAUUUUCAAUCAGAAGUUGAUUUUUUUAACUUCCCAGGUUUUUAGAAAUGAGAAACGUAUAUGGUAUUGCUUGUACCAAACGUUCUGUGACAAUGUUGACUUGCUAUUAUAGAUCUUAUCAACGUCGUUGAUUAUCAUGGUAAUUCUGCUAAUCAUGUCCAGCCCUGUUCCUAAACCAUUCCUUAAUCAUUGUUUUGAAACAUAACAUUGUCACCAAUAAACGUAUUCAGUUCCAAUGGUUGUUUGUCGUAUUUAAACUGACUUCGUAUUCGACCAAUAACGUAUUAAGAACUUUUAGAACCAAGGAAAUACUGGGCGUGCUUUAGUGACCAUGAUUGAAUCGGUUCAAAUAUUUUAAAGAGCAAUCAACAACCGACUUCUUCUUUUCUCAGAAAAACCUUGGAUACCUUGAAAAUAUAUCGUUAGAUAGAUAAUUUACACAAGCGCCUUUACAUGUUUAAGGACGUGAUUUCUGUUGUUUCUUAAGCAUAAGAAUUUAAUAACAGAAUUAGCAGUUGCUUGUGGUAAUUUUGCAUUACGUGGUCUCAUUUAUAUUAAACUUAGAAAAUACUAGCCGCACAAGGGAUAUUUUAUUUUAAGGGCAAAGAAUCAAUUGCCUCCUGGAGUCUUCCAGAUUGAGCCUAACUCCAGAAAAAGACACGUGGAUUCUCAGAGCUAAUGCCUCCCUUUUGCACCUGUGAGGUGAAAAAACGAGGCUUGCUCUUUAUAGCAAUUUUCGAAGAACUAGGACAUUGUUUGAUAUUUAAAUAUUAUCAUUUACACCUUAGUUGUAAUCUUUAACUUCUCAAUGCAGUGACUUAACAAAUAUUUGUUGAUAGAUUCCUGAAAACUGAGUACUUUUUAGGGAUUAUACUACUGUAAUGUAAUUACAAUGUAACAAGCAUGUUUUGCAUAAUCUUUACACCAGUUGUAUGUAGAGAAUGAAUUUUUGGAUGCAGAAUAACAGUGAUGGUGUAUUUUAUACAAGUUUACUACCCGUAUAUAUGUAGUGUUUUAUACCUGUUUCGAAGUAGUUAGUGUGCAUCGAAAAGUUAACUGUGCUAUUACUGCACAAUUUUAUUAUUAACUUUACAGUUUUACAUAAAUGAUGCGGAAAGGUGCUUCGUUCUGCCAUUACCAAGAGUCUCAGGACAGUCUGAAAGUCACCUUUUGAUGGUUUGAUUUUUAGAUAUUUGUAUACGUCUUAUAUGUACUUAUAAAGUCUGCGUUGUGAUGUUUAGAUGUAUUUUCAAAACAAUUUUUCAGUGUGUAGAAUUUCUUAAUUGCUUGUAUCAAUGCAGAAUAUGUA